AUGAAAGAGGAGAUCAUGUUCGACAACCAAUCCAAGCCAUGCAGAUCGAGGGUUGACUCCAAGAGUAACCAAAAUCCUCUCAAGCCCAAGUUCGGGUCAUCAUGGGGAUCCCAAAUUGUCAAGGGGUUCACAGCCGACAAGAAAACCAAGAAGACAUCAGCUAUUGCAAGCAAGAAGCCGCCUCUUGCAAGCGUGGAGAAUGUUAACCAGAGCAACCAACAGAUUACAUACCAAUCUAGGGUUAAGAGAUCUCUGAUAGGAGAUUUUCCUUGCUCGCCUGCUGGUGCUCAAGUUCAUCCCCAUGCCUUUGAUUGCCACGGUAUUAGGUCCCCGGCAUCUCAUGAUCUUUUUCUUGAGUUGGACCAUCUCAGGGAACAACUGCGUGAGUCCAAGGAAAGAGAAUCAGCUUUGCAAUCAGAGUUGCAGCAAUGCAGAGAAAAUCCAAGGGUUUCGGCACUUGAGAAGGAGCUUGAUUCUAGGAAGAAUGAGAUUGACAAGCUUGCACGGCUUAAAACUUCACUAGAAACUGAGAAAACAAGCCUUUCUGAACAGCUAUCAGUUCUAUCUUCUAUGGUGGAGCAGCAUGAAGAAACUGUAAGAUUGGAUGGGCAUGGCAAUCGCGCUUCUAGUGCGGAUGGGGACAAUGUAUAUUCUUCAGGAAACUUGGAGUUUGAAGUUGUUGAGCUGCGUCGUUUAAACAAGGAGCUUCAGUUUCAGAAACGAAGUCUUGCAAUCAAGCUCUCUUCAGCAGAGUCCAAAUUGGCUGUCCUUGAAAAGAAUGCAGAGAGCGAGAUAGUCGCCAAGGUUCAAGCAGAGGCCUCAUUGUUGCGGCACACCAAUGCAAACUUGAGCAAGCAAGUUGAGGGCCUGCAAAUGAGUCGGCUGACUGAGGUUGAGGAGCUUGCUUAUCUUCGCUGGAUCAAUUCAUGUUUACGUCAUGAGCUCUGUAGCUCGGAUCAAACAGCCAGAGCAAUCACUGAUCUUGAUUAUAAUGAUGGUAUGGCUUGUAAUGAUGAUCAUUGUGAUGGCAACACCAGAAAUGGUGAGAACAGUUCUGAUGAUAAAAGGCUCAGCAUUGCCGAACGUAUCAAGCAAUGGUCUCAGAACGAUACAAACUGUCAAACAUCUAAAAAGGAAUCUCUUCUUGAUAGAGCAUGGAUUGAAGCCACAGAACCGCGAAGCCCCACACGUAGGCACUCACUUGGUGGAUCAAAGGGAUGUGCACAGGACUUGAACAUUGUGAAGAGGAGGCAAUCUGAUACCUUUAUCUGCCUUCCAGAGGCAACAGAGGAAGCAGUAUCCUGUAAUAAGGAUCAGGCAAGCAGGGAGAAGCGUGAGCUCCUUGUGGACAAGUAUGAUUUUGGUCAAUCUGAUAGUUCAAGAUUUGCUCUUGGCAAGCCAGAAAUAUGCAAGUCUCAAUGCUUGGAUGUCGAAAAGCGCACCCUGCGCAUUCCAAACCCUCCACCAAGACCUUCAGUGUCUCUGCCAUAUUCUGGUCCAUCAAAUGGAUCGACUGUAAAUCCACCCCGCCCACCUCCUCCGCCUCCCCCGCCUAAGUUUUCCACAAGAAGUACUGGAGUCAUGAAGAGGGCACCACAAGUUGCAGAGCUAUACCAUUCACUUAUGAGAAGGGAUUCAAAGAAAGAUACUUCUGGGGGUGGAAUCACUGAAACUGCUAACUCCGCAAAUGUGCGGAGUAGUAUGAUUGGUGAAAUCGAGAACCGUUCUUCGCAUUUGCAGGCUAUCAAGGCGGAUGUUGAGACUCAAGGUGAAUUUGUGAAAUCAUUGAUCAAGGAGGUGACUGAUGCAGCUUACAAAGAUAUAGAAGACGUUGUUGCAUUUGUGAAGUGGCUUGACGAUGAACUCGGUUUCCUGGUGGAUGAGAGAGCAGUGCUGAAGCAUUUUGAUUGGCCCGAGAGGAAGGCGGACACUUUACGAGAGGCGGCUUUUGGCUACCAAGACCUCAAAAAAUUGGAAUCGGAAGUUUCUAACUAUAAAGACGAUCCACGCCUUCCCUGUGACAUUGCACUUAAGAAAAUGAUAACAGUGUCUGAAAAGACGGAGCGAGGUGUGUACAACGUUCUGAGGACGAGGGAUGCAAUGAUGAGGCAGUGCAAGGAGUUCAACAUUCCAGUUGACUGGAUGCUUGACAACAAUCUCAUUAGCAAGAUCAAAUUUGCUUCUGUGAAAUUAGCAAAUAUGUACAUGAAAAGAGUUGCUAUGGAGCUUCAGUACAUGGGACCUCUGAACAAGGAUCUAGCUCUGGAGUACAUGCUCCUUCAGGCUGUGAGAUUUGCCUUCAGAAUUCAUCAGUUUGCUGGAGGAUUCGACACGGAGACCAUGGAUGCAUUUGAGGAGCUGAGGAAUCUUGUUCAUGUCAGGAACAGUACCCAGUAG